GGCCUGUCCUGCACAGAGCCAGGAGAUCCUGAUGGGUCCCAUCCCACUCAGCAUAUUCUUUGAUUUUAUGUUCCAUAUUCUUUGAUUAUAUGUUCCAUUUUACAUGUUUUGUCAUCACACACACAGGAACUUGGCUAAACUUUUCCUUCCCAAACACACAGCAGGAAAAUUGUGCUUUGCAGGCUCUUCCAAGCACAAUUAGUUCCUGCUUCAUCUGCCACUUGUUUUUCCUGCACAGGUGAGCAGUGGGUAUGGAUUUGGACAGCGUGUUCUCAGGCUCUUCCCUGCAGAGCCUUGCCAAACUGCUACGUGAUGCUCCAGAGGAGGAUGAUGAUGAUGAUGAUGUGCCACGCUGUUCUGUUGGUGCCAUGACUCCUGGGAGUGUUGGACCAGUCAAAAAGGAGACCACCAGUACUUUUCAAGUGAAAUCUGAAAACAAGAAAACCAUUUGGAAUACAGAGGAGGUCCCAGAAGGAUCUGAAUUUGAUGACACAUGGGACCCUAGAGAAAAACCAGAAUAUGAGAUUUCCUUCAAGCAGCACGUGGGAACAGAGGAUGUGUUCUUUGGGAUGACUGGGAAAGACCCCUCCACUGCCUGCUGUGAAGAUAUAGUGAUUAAAAUCAAGCUGCCAGAGACCAAGUACUCAGACAUCACAUUAGACAUCCAGGACAAGGUUCUUGACCUUCGAACUCCCAAAAACAAGCUGCUGCUGCACCUCCCCUACCCUGUGAACAGCAAGGAGGGCAGAGCUCGUUUUCUCUCUGAAGAGGAGAUCUUGGAAGUCACCUUGAGAGUGUCAAGGAAGUUGGAUUUCAUCAAUUUUUCUGAUGGGUAGAAAGAUAGAGAAAGUUUGCAAAAACUAAUGUUCUAGUUUGAAGGCUUUUGGAAACCCAGCUUGUUCUGAAAUAGUAGAUGGCUUCCCUUGAGCAGUCCAGGGAAAGUGUCUGGAGAAAAGAGUCAGGAGGAGCACAGCACCACAGCUUCUAACAGCUGAUGCUGUCUGACCCUCACACUGCUCUGGUUAACUUUCUGCUUCCUGCAGACUGGAACAGCCCCUGUGAGUCAGAAAGUGGGAGAUUUCAGUUCAAAAGCCACAGAAAGUCUUUGUGUGGUCAUGGCUGAGGUAGCACAGUGAGGCUCAGGACAAUGUUUGUUGCUUUGGUACCAUUCCAAGCCUUGCAAGUGCUACUGGCCUUGCUUGGUGUCCAGUGCUGGGACUGGGGCCAGUUCAGAAUCUUCUCUUGCCUAUUUCUUGGUGAGAAGAUCAUUCUGCAGGGAUCCAUACCCACAUCUGAGGCUCCUUUACACUGGCAGAACAAGUUAACCAGUUAUAGUUGAGUUGCUGAGCAUCUCAGCUCUUUUGAACAGGUUUCUGAAAAUUUAUGGUUCAGUGUUGUCUAGUCAUCUGCUGUCCCUGCACCUAUUUCUCUGAUCUUUCUUGAUUAAUAAAAUAAUAGGUUCUAAGGAACAGUUCCAGUUAUCUUUGAGUCUGCCUUCUCUA